GUUGGUUGUCUUUCAAUAAAAUCAGUUGCAGCUUUUACCAAAAAUGUGAUAGAACUUCAACUUGUUUUGUUUUCUCUCUUUUCUUCAUGGCAUUGUCAAGUUCCGCCGUUGAGCGUUUGAGUCUCAUACCUCCGAAUGAGCUAUCGGAAGCUAGUUAUAACUUGUUUUGUGACCGAAAAAGUGCUCAUACUUUUAAUGUAACAUCUUUUCUGAACGUUUAUAAGCUACUUGUCAAAAAAAAGUGUGACUGUCGGAUAUAUCAAAUAAUUUUAUAAUGAGACACUUAAUGACACACACCUAAGAUCUACGACUAAAAAUGUCGAAUAACACACAUUCAGAAAAAUGUUCACUUGUUAUUGAUGUACAGGAAUAGUACAAGUACAGUAUUUGCGUCACUCCAAAAAAAGAAUCUCGUCUGUCAAUAUUUUCAUUUCCUCAAAAUAAUAAGUUUAAAGUGGUUCAUUUGCAACUAUAUAAAUACAGUCUAGAAGUAUCCUAAAUUAAUUCAAACUAAUAAUAUAACCAUGAGGAUCGCAGUGGCUUUAUUGCUUUUGGGGCUAGCUAUUCUAGCUGAUAUACAGCUGACCUCCUGUGCAAAUCCUCCUCCUGGCUCUGCUGAGGUUCCCAAAGUUGCUAAUGUAGGCAGCAGCAGUAAAUUAGCAUCACAUUUUGGAGAAGAAUCUGGAUCAGAAUCACAAGAACUUCAACGUUCAAAUAGAUACCAUGAGGAAUCUGGUGAAUUCAACGGAAAAGGUGAACAGAUUUGGCCUUGGCACAAAACCACAACUGAAAAGUCUACAUCAUCUCAAACCCCCGAGCCAUCAAAAACAACUGAAAAGGCUCGAACACAUCAAGCAGAAAAUGUACCAAGAUGGCCUUGGGACAAAAGCACUACUGAAAAAUCGAAGACUACAAAACAGGCUCACACCGCAAAGAAAGAAUUGUGUCAUCCGAAAUUUGGUUGCUGGCCAUGGCAUAAGACCACCAAGGCCACAACGGAACAGUCUCAAACGACAGACGCUCAGGAAACGACAGAACAAGACUUGCCUACCAAAACUCAUCAAACUACAGAAGAAGCUCAACGUAUGAUUUAA